UCUUCCAGACGCACCGACUGUGGUUACACGCAGCAUUUCUUUCGGAGAGCAUUUUCAAAGAAUAAAUAUGGCAAGUAAAUCUUUAAAAUCGAAGACCAAGACAAAGCAUACAGAUCUACACGAUAUAAUUGAUGAGAUUGAUAGAGAUAGUGACAGUGAAUUACUACAAGAUGAGUCAGACAGUGACAAUUCUUUUGACUCGGUUUCUGAGGUUAUGUUCUUAUAUGGAGAAGAUUCUGUGUUGGAUUGUCCCAGUGAUUCUGAUUGGGAGCCCAUACUGCCAAGGUGCAAAUCCCCCACUGAAGCUGGUCCAUCCAGCCGGACCCCUGCUGUCUCCGGCACCACACCUACCCCCGCCCGGCCAUCAAGAGGUGUGAAGUCGGUGACAAAGAAGCGGAGGAAGGGAAGUGUGGAACCUGCUGGCAGUGCGGAGGAGGGUCGUUGGCACUCUGUGCUGGAGGAGGAUGUGGCCCCACCACCUCCAAUUUUCAGACCAAAGAGGCCACCAGGUCCUCAGCUAGACAUGAACUCAAAGUACAGCCCCAUACAACUUUUUCAGUUGUUUUUCACCCCACGAGUUGUUGAUUCCCUGGUGUUGAACACUAAUAGGAACGGAGCUAAGAAGCAGGAAGGCAAGAAAGAGGCAUGGAAGCCCAUUUCCAUGUCAGAUCUUUUUUGUUACUUUUCUAUGGUCAUUUACAUGGGUGUUGUGAAGCUAAAAACCCUGAAGGACUACUGGAAAUCUGCACCCCUCUAUCAACUGCCUUUCCCCACCACGGUCAUGUCGUGCAAAAGGUUUCUGACAAUUUCACGGGCACUUCAUAUCAGUGACCCAGAAGUUGAUAAGGACAAUGAGAUGAAACGAGGCACGGCGAGGUUUGAUAAGCUCUGCAAAAUUAAACCUCUCUACCUCGACAUCAUUGAGGCCUGUAAUACUUAUUUUCAGCCUGCCCAGAACCUUUCCAUAGAUGAGAGGAUGGUAGCCUCAAAGGCCAGAAAUGGCCUAAAACACUACAUGCGUAACAAACCGACUAAAUGGGGUUACAAACUGUUUGUUUUGGCCGAUUCUGCGUGUGCAUACACGUGCAAUUUUUUUGUCUAUGAAGGGAAGAACAGUUGUGCGACCGGGAAGGGACUUAGCUAUGACUCCGUUAUGCAGUUAUUAGAUUUUCAGCUGCUAGGGAAGGGCUACAAACUGUUUGUGGAUAACUUUUACACAAGCCCUACCCUGUUUGCAGACCUGAGAAAGCUGGAGAUGUGGGCCUGUGGCACCAUUCGGUCCAACAGAGUGGGCUUUCCGAAAACCAGGGUGAACGACAUGCCUAAGCAGGCUGAGCGGGGUACCAUGAGAUGGAUCCGUGAAGAUGGCCUGCUGUUUGUGAAGUGGAUGGACACCAGAGAGGUGGCGAUGUGCUCCACUAUCCACAAGUCCUUCAGUGGUGAUCACGUCGUCAGGCGUGUGAAGGACGCUACUGGGGCAUGGACCACAAAAAAUGUCCCCAUUCCAACUGCAGUAAAGGACUACAAUAAGAACAUGGGAGGAGUCGACCUGUCGGAUGCGCUGAUAGGAUACUAUAAUGUUCUCCACAAAACCAUGAAAUGGUACAAGACAUUGUUUUACCAUUUCAUUGACAUUGCUGUGGCAGGAAUGAGUGCAAAAGGGGCUCAGUAA